GAGAGGAGGAUUGUACUAAAAUCACUUGAAUAGCUGAUGAUGGAUAAACCAGCUAGGUCAAAAAACAAGUUCUUAAUGUUUCUACCAAAACCAGCUUCAGCUAAUACCUUCCAAAACCAUACUUUCAGCCCAACAAAAGACAAGAGAUCAGAAUUUCAUCAAACAAAGCUCAAAACCCACAUCGGAAAAGGGUUCUCCGGUCCGAUCAUCUCGAUAAUUCCGGCAGAUGCACGCCGGAAUACGAAGAACUCGAGCUUCGAAGCCCAACAAGAACCCACUUCACCAAAAGUCUCAUGCAUGGGCCAAAUCAAGCACAAGAAGAAGGUAAUAAAGAAUGAGAAACAUGCUUCGCCGCCUAAAGAUUUCAAGCCUGUAGAGGCAAAGAAGAAGGUAUCGAAAAUUCGGAGUCUGUUCAGUAGUAAAACACCUACUGGUAGAAAAUCAGAUGAUUCUGAUGGUAAGUCUGACUUGUCUGAUAAAGCGCCGAGCUUGAGUCAAACUAGGCGGUUUUCGAAUGGUCGUGAUUCGCUUUCCUCGCUCGAUUGGAUGGCUCAGGUUGCUCCGGUGGAUGGAGAUUCUGAUGAAGAGAGUGAAGAAGAAGAAGAGGAGAGGGAGAUUAUAAUUCCUUUCUCUGCACCAAUACUGGUUGGUGGAGGUGGAGGUGGGGUGGUUGCUUUGGAGCCAAGGAAGGAAAUUAAUCUAUGGAAGAGGAGAACCAUAGCUCAACCUAUGCCUCUUCAAGUUAAUACCCUCUUUUGAUGGAGCUUUUGAUGGAGCUGAGAGUGUUCGGUUUUAAAUAACAGUAGUGGAAUACAUAUCAGUAUCGACGAUCUUAAAUAUCAACCGAUAUAUCGAUCAAUAUCAAUAUGAUAUUA